UGACGUGUACCGGACCAAGGGGCAGUUGGCCAACUUCCAGGAGAUGCUGGAGAACAUCUUCCUGCCCCUCUACGAGGCCACGCUGCACCCGGCCCAGCACCCGGAGCUGCACCUCUUCCUGGAGCACGUGGACGGGUUCGACAGCGUGGACGACGAGUCGAAGCCGGAGCAUCACAUCUUCAACCUGGACAGCCCCCUGCCCGGGCAGUGGGUGGAGGAGGACAACCCACCCUACUCCUACUACCUGUACUACAUGUACGCCAACAUGACCGUGCUCAACCACCUGCGCAGGAAGAGGGGCUUCCACACGUUUGUGCUGCGGCCGCACUGCGGCGAGGCCGGGCCCGUCCAUCACCUGGUGUCGGGGUUCAUGGUGUCCGAGAACAUCUCCCACGGGCUCCUGCUGCGCAAG